AUGCAAACAUUGCAACGGUUUUGUUGCUUACUGUACUACUGGGGUAUCACCCUUGCUAUUCAUCGUGACAGUCCACCAUUUGCCAACCACAAAGACCUAUACAAUACUAUUGAUGCAACACUGUUAGGUGAUGUUGCAUGGCAAAGCUUCUCCCUCGAGUACAGUGGUGAGAAACCUGCAGGAGACUGUCCACUUUGGAUGCAACAGUCAUAUGACGUCUGGUUCUGGGACCCCCACGCCAUCGUGAGGAACAUGCUUGCAAAUUCGGACUAUACAGGUGAAAUGGAUUAUACACCGUACCAUGAAUUUCAGGAGAAGGACAAGAAACACCACUAUAAAGAUUUUAUGUCAGGAGACUGGGCCUGGCAUCAAUCAGAUGAAAUAGCACAAGACCCGCAAACACAUGGCGCAGCCUUCAUUCCCAUCAUCCUAGGUAGCAACAAGACAAUGGUGUCUGUUGCUACUGGUCAAAAUGACUACUAUCCACUUUAUCUCUUGAUUGGGAAUGUCCACAACAAUGUUCGGCAUGCACAUCGUCAUGCCUUGGCUCUGGUUGGAUUUAUGGCAAUCCCCAAGACAAGCAAAAAAGGCAUGAAUGAUCCUACAUUCCGCAAGUUCAAGAAGCAGAUGUUUCACUCUUCACUGUCAAAAAUCUUCACCAAUCUCAAACCUGGAAUGACAACUCCGGAAGUUAUGUGGUGUGGUGAUGGCCACUACUGCCGUGUUAUUUAUGGACUGGGACCCUACAUUGCGGACUAUGAAGAGCAAGUGGUACUGGCAGGUAUCAUCAAAAAUUGGUGUGGAAGAUGUCUGGCAUUUCCUACGAGCCUUGAUGACGGUGGUGUUUCUCAGUCAUGCGAGCACACUGAUGCCCUUGUGGAUUUGCCCUUCACAAAUGACUUUCCUCAUGCCAACAUCUACCAGCUCCUUGCUCCCGACUUACUGCAUCAACUAAUUAAAGGCACGUUCAAGGACCACCUGGUUGAAUGGUGUUUUCCACAAGGGCACAGAUUCUCACAAUGGACAGGUGAUGACUUGAAAGUGUUAAUGAAGGUCUAUCUUUCAGCAAUCAAAGGCCACACUAUCAGUGUCCGCCUCAACAUUUCCCUACCCCGACAACACUCCCUUGUUCACUAUGAGAUUCUUGUCCGAUUGUUUGGCACCCCAAAUGGGCUUUGUUCAUCCAUCACCAAAUCCAAACAUAUCAAGGCGGUAAAAAAACCAUGGCGACGCUCAAGCAAACACAAGGCACUCAGUCAGAUGCUGCUCACCAAUCAGCGCCUGGACAAAAUUGCAGCAGCAAGGGUUGAUUUUCAAAAUCACUCAAAUUUUGCAAAUGACGACAUUGACAACAACGAUAACAACCAUGAAGAGCAACAGCACAAAGAAACCAACCCAUUUGCCAUGGAAGCUGAUGACUACAACGAUGUUGAGGAUGAUGGUGUUGUAGAUGAUGAGGACAUUAUUGCUGAUGUGAAAUUAGCACGAAGUGCUCGCCACUAUGACUGUGCCUUCAUCAAUAUUGAUGACAAGCAGGAUGGCAUACUCAGCAUGGAUAUUGUUCGGAUAUUUUGCUUUUUAUCUUUCACUUUUACUAAUGGCCACAUGUAUCCGUGUGCCCUCAUUCAAUGGUUCCCUCGGAUUGCAGAGGAGCGAGAUGAGCUCACAGGCAUGUGGAUGGUGGCGCCAUCCUUCAAUGAGGACGGCUCUCAUGAUUUGUUGAUUAUCCAUAUUGACAGCAUUACCUGCGGCACUCACCUACUCCCAAUAUUCAGUACUCAGUUCGUGCCUCAGGGCCUUCAAUUCCAUCAUUCUCUAGAUGCCUACCAAGGAUUCUAUGUAAAUCAUUUUAUUGACCAUCAUGCUUUCGAGCUGGUGUCUUAA